CAGCACGGGGAGCUGUCCGCGGUGCUGAUCCCACACAGACACACAUGCUGGUGACGGAGAUGAGCACGUCGCUCCACAAGACCCGUCACGCAAACUAAGUCCACCAAAAGGCCUCACGAUGCCGCCAUUGGCACACGGCGCCACAAGAGCCAAGCCUUCGCUCCUCUUUGCGGCCCAGCUCCUCGUUGUCCUUCUGUGUCUCCUCCGUCCCGUUCACGGGGGGAGGCACAGGCCGCAGGGGGGCGAGUCGGACCCGCCCCGGGCUCCUAGUGUUGACAUGCUGAAAGCCUUGGAGUACAUCGAGAACCUUGGCCAGACAACAGACUCCCAAGAGCAGGCGCACCUCCCCGGGGGGGACGCAGCGGACGCCAGUCAGAAGAUGCGUUCCAGGGUGAGGCUGAACGAGGAUGCGGUCAAAGACGCUGAUGAGGAGAGCGAGGAUAAGAGCGAGGAGCUGCUCCAGGCUGUGCUCAGCACCCUCCAGCAGACAGAGAAGGCCUCUGAGGCCGCUUCACGCCAUCCCUCCCCCCUGGGGGGGGGCCAGGUGAGGCAACAGAGCAUCACGCCUCACAAGAAGAUGCCCCUCAUGUUUGAGGACGAGGAGGAAGGUGAGGGAGACGAGGAGGAGGACGAACACCAGAGCCCCUUCAAGCGCACCAAUGAGAACGUGGAGGAGAAGUACACGCCCCAGAACUUGGCCACACUGCAGUCCAUCUUUGACGAGCUGGACAAGUUCACCUCGGAGAAGAUGGCACACAAACGGCAGGAUGAGGAGAAGGAAGAUGAGGACGAUAUGUUUCAUCUGAGAAACGUGGUGUAUGACGACGAAGGGGAGGACCUCGCCGACUGGGGCCCCGCGGAGGAGCAAGAUGACGAAGAGGAGGAGGAGGAAAACAAAGAAGAGUCGGACAGGAGUCUUGAUUACGUGGAUGAAGCAGAGGAGGAAGAAAGCUACCCGGUGAAGCGGUGGACUGAUCCGGACGAGGUGGACUACUACCUUUUCAAAGUGUUGGAGAAAACAGAGGAGGAAGAGCAGAAGCGAGCGACAGAGGAAGAGGAGGAGAGGGCAGAGAGGGGAGCAACUCGGCACCGAGGCGACGUUGACCCUCAGGUCGUCUACCAGCUCAUUGGCAGCCCCCAGAAAUACAAGAUCCCAGCGCUCGACCUCUUGGACCUGCUCGAGACCAAACAGAGCAAUAACAAAGUGUGGCAGAUGUCCUCAAGGAAGAGCCAGAAGAUCCCUCCAGCUCUGCUGCUCCACCGACGCCCGUCUUUCAGACCCAGCGGCCCUAAAAGCCUGCAGAGGGAAGAAAUCCUCAACAUCCUGGGGUUGGGGAAGGACAGGAACCGGGGUCAAGCCUCCGUCAGGAAGGCGUACGGCGGCUGGCCAUCGCGACUUCACACGGUGACCUCGGGGCGCGCCGGUGACGCCACUCCCACUCUGCGCCGCGUCCCUCCUGGUAGAUCCUCAGAAUACGACGGCGCCACGGCCGACCGGCUGGCGGCGUAUCUGGCGGCGCAGAUGCUGGCGAGACAUCCCGGCCCUGCGUACCGCUACGGCCAAAAGCGGCAGGAGGCGGGGCAGGGCGCCACGGGCUCGUUUGAACGGGCCAUGCAGGAUUACUUGGAUCAGAUGGACUCGGGGAAGGAAGCCAAGGACAAGCGACAGACUGAGGAUGGAGACGGCAACGCGGUGAUGAAACUGAUGAGCUACCUCAAUCUGGAAACUGAAGACAGUGAGAACGGCACCAAAACAGGCAAAGGCAUAUAGACAAAGGGGAGAUAAAGUACAUAUAUAUAUAUACAUAUAUAUAUAUAAAUGUGUUAUAUAUGUUAUGAUACAUGUGGACAGAGACACAAUGAAGUAUUUUCAAAGAUUUCAACAUGCAGUCAACUGUGGUGGUCUUAUUUAAUAGCAGAAAUAGCCAUGAUUUGACCUUCCUCCCAUACGCCGGCCUUGACACACAAGCACCAGACCCCUUUUUACACUCACUUGUGUUUCUUGCUAAUUCUGACUUAAAUGUGAGCAUACGUGACAUACGUGAGGUCAAUAAAGCAUCGACUUCAUCUUUUCCU